CUUGGCGAGCUUCCCGACCCGGCGGCCUCCGCAGGACCCAUGGCUGAUUCCUCGCCCGCGCGGUCCCUGCGGGCAGGCGGACCCCGCGCGCCCCGGCCCUCGGCCCCCUCGCCGCCGCCGCCGUCGCGCUCGCUCUCCGAGGCCGAGGAGGCCGAGCUGUCGCUGAGCCUGGCGCGCACCAAGACCCGCUCGUACGGCAGCACGGCCAGCGUGCGGGCGCCGCUGGGCGCCGGCGUCAUCGAGCGCCAUGUGGAGCACCGGGUCCGCCCCGGCGACACGCUGCAGGGCAUCGCGCUGAAGUACGGAGUCUCGAUGGAGCAGAUUAAAAGGGCAAAUAAACUGUUUACCAAUGAUUGUAUAUUUCUGAAGAAAACUUUGAACAUCCCAGUUAUAUCAGAGAAGCCUUUGCUGUUUAAUGGACUUAACUCAAUAGAUUCUCCAGAAAAUGAAACUGUUGAUAGUUUUUCUCAUGAAGAAGACCUGGUAGCGGCUGGGGAAGACCUUUCCCCUCCCAGUCCUCAAGAAUCUGAUGCUCAGCCCAUGCAGCCCGAGGAAGUGUCAGCCAGAGAUUUCCUGCAGAGGCUGGACUUGCAGAUUAAGUUAUCAACACAGGCAGCCAAGAAACUAAAGGAAGAGAGCAGAGAUGAAGAAAGUCCCUUUGCAGCUUCCCUCUAUCACAGUUAGAUGAUCAGGGGGCAUAAUCUAACCUGGGUUAAGAGAUGGUUAGAUCAUAAAGAAACCAACAACUGAUGAUGAUUCAAAAGCAUCCCUUUUGGAUUCUCAUAGCAUACAUCUUUAAAUCACGAUUAAGUAGUUCCACCUAUGGCAAUUGCACUGACGUGACUAGCUCCCUCUGGCUUUCUAUGAUUUUCAGUCUUUAUUAUGGCAUGAUAGCAAAAUUGUAUCUUAAAGCUCAUCACUUUUGCA